AUGAAGCUAAAGCAGCGAGUCGUGCUGUUAGCAAUCCUUCUUGUCAUCUUUAUCUUCACCAAAGUUUUCCUGAUUGACAACUUAGACACAUCAGCUGCAAACCGAGAGGACCAGCGGGCUUUUCACAGAAUGAUGGCCGGCUUGCGGGUGGAGCUGGUGCCCAAGCUGGACCACACCUUGCAGUCUCCCUGGGAGAUCGCAGCCCAGUGGGUGGUUCCCCGGGAAGUGUACCCGGAAGAGACACCAGAGCUGGGGGCAAUCAUGCACGCCAUGGCCACCAAAAAAAUUAUUAAAGCUGACGUGGGUUAUAAAGGGACACAGCUGAAAGCCUUACUCAUACUUGAAGGAGGACAGAAAGUUGUUUUCAAGCCUAAGCGGUAUAACCGAGACUAUGUGGUAGAAGGGGAGCCAUAUGCUGGUUAUGAUAGACACAAUGCAGAGGUAGCAGCCUUUCAUUUGGACAGGAUUCUGGGUUUCCGCCGAGCCCCCUUGGUGGUUGGCAGAUUUGUUAAUCUACGGACAGAAAUCAAGCCUGUUGCCACGGAGCAGCUCUUGAGCACCUUCCUAACAGUAGGAAAUAAUACUUGUUUCUACGGGAAGUGUUAUUACUGCCGGGAAACAGAGCCAGCUUGUGCUGAUGGAGACACGAUGGAAGGAUCUGUCACACUUUGGCUCCCAGAUGUGUGGCCUCUGCAGAAACACCGACACCCAUGGGGCAGGACUUACCGAGAGGGCAAACUGGCCAGGUGGGAGUACGAUGAGAGCUACUGCGAUGCUGUGAAGAAAACAUCCCCAUAUGAUUCUGGACCCCGCCUCUUGGAUAUCAUUGACACCGCUGUUUUUGAUUACCUGAUUGGCAAUGCUGACCGCCAUCACUAUGAGAGUUUUCAAGAUGAUGAAGGCGCUAGUAUGCUCAUCCUUCUUGAUAAUGCCAAAAGCUUUGGGAACCCAUCACUGGAUGAGAGAAGCAUCCUUGCCCCCCUCUAUCAGUGUUGCAUCAUUCGGGUUUCUACAUGGAACAGACUGAACUACCUAAAGAACGGUGUGCUGAAGUCUGCCUUAAAAUCUGCCAUGGCCCAUGACCCCAUCUCCCCUGUGCUGUCUGAGCCUCACCUGGACGCUGUGGACCAGCGGCUCCUGAGCGUCCUGGCCACCGUGAAGCAGUGCACUGAUCAGUUUGGGGCGGACACUGUGCUGGUAGAAGACAGGAUGCCUCUUUCCCACUUGUAAUUCGCAACACAAAAUAAGUGAAACUACUUUUUACAAAGCUAGAAAAACAGCACAAUCACUUCCAAAUGGUUUGAGAUGGAUUGGAAACGGCCAGCAGGAAGCUCUGGUGAUAGGGGACAGGGUGGCCUUGGAUUCUUUUGGUGAUUUCUGUAGGAGAAACUAAAGCAAAGACUAUGGGUUUCCGACCCCAAGAGCGUUCCCACCGAACUCCCUGACUUCUCGGUGUUGGCCCGUCCUGUGGGGGGCCUCCUGGUCAGUCGGCCCUGACUCGCCUGCCACAGGACAGAUAGAGGUGUGACAUUUGGGUAGUUAAUACUGGGACUGGUUCUGGAGUAUGUAGUUGGAGUUCAUCCUUCUAGUCCUUUCUCCACACCUGUGGAUCUCCUGAAAACCUUUGGCAAUCUCUUGAGUCCUUUUUUAACCAGGACUAGUCCAGUUGGGAAUUUUACUGCCUCCUGAUGAGUGGCAGCAGGUAAAACCUGGCAUUCACUUGAGCCAAAAUAGCUUGUUCUGUUGGAAGGGAUAUCUUUAGAAUAGAAUUAGUGGGAAAGACAAAAUCAGAAAAGGUGCUGGGCUUUUAAGUGAUUGGCUGGUAGUGCUUUUCAGGAUAUCUUGGAGGAGAGAGGAAGAGACAGAACCAGAACUGGAGUACCCUCCCACCCCCCAUAUCUGAGUUUGCAGGUGUGGAAAAGCAAACAUGACUUGAACCUAAGAUCUGCAUUCACAUAGUUGUAUCCAAAUCAGCCCCCAAAUCAUCUAAGCAGGAUUCUCUCAUGGAGAGGUUAUUUUUCCCUCUUGGCCAAAGCAGCCAAAUCCUUUCUGAAUUAAAGCAAAUUGAGCUAAUAAUGCCUUGAAUAAGAGUUAAGUUGCCUGUGACCGCUGCCAUCCUGAUUUCUCAUCUGCAAUGAAUUUCCACCUCAGCCUUUAAGGCAUUUGGUCGCUGAAGUGGCUGCUCCCGAGAGAUGGAGACAUCAGAGACGGAGAGAUCGGCAGUCCUGCCUGUGCCAUUGCUCCCUCAGCUGAGCAUGCUCCGAUCUGCUGGUGGCUCCACCUGUCUUGUGAUACGGGCCAUGCAGAAAACUGGGAACAAAGAUUUUAAGCUUUCUGAGCCUUAAAAUGAAGGAGGUUACCAGGAAGAGCCUUAAGAUUUUGAUUUACGUCAAACCCUAACUUUAUCACUUAAUUUCGAUGGGUGUUCUGAGCCGGCGGUGUGGCACUAUUGUCCCCGUCCAGGUGGCACUCGAAGGUUCCAGGAGGCUAAGGCCCAGACUCAUUCUGUGUUCCACCAGUGCGGCUAGGACCUAGGAGCAGCUGCAGUGCAAUAUAGGGUCUGAGGACAACAGGCCCAGUGUGCCCCCUCCCCGGGCGCACCUCUCCUGCAUCCUGUCUGGAUGCCGGUCCAGCCUUGCACUUCUGCCGAGCAGAGACUAAUAUUUAAACAGUAUCGGGGAGCGAUUUAAUCCAGCCAUUGGAGAGCAGUUUGGGGCAGCCACCCUUUCGAAAACAGCUUAGAAUUUAUAUCCUAAUAUUUUCACAUUGAAAGACAGCUGAGUAACCUGUAACUCUUAACAACAGUAUAAGGUCAGGAUGCUUUUGUACUCUACAUUUUGAGACAUCUGCAAAAAUGGGCUGAGUGAUUAAAAAAAAAGUUGUUGAAUUUAAGACAGGUAUUAGCACAAAACACUGAAACUGUGUUAAUAAAAGGAGGCUUCAGAUUCCAAUUUUAAGGCCACUUACUGUGUAAAAUUCACAGUUGAGCUUGAAAAUACCGUGUUUUGUGCUCCCCCCAGAGUGUCAGGAAGCUGGCCAGCGGGAGACAGCGGGCAUGAGGCCAGCACACUCGCCUGAAGAAACGUGAGUGAAACCAAAGGGUGGGCUAGUAUUCUCGCAGACAUAUGGGAUGCCGCAGUGAAAUGAGUGAGAAUGGUUCUCAGACUGGGAACUUCUUUCACAACGUGGAAGGCAGAGGUACUGCUAAGGAAAAAAGCAGGAGGGAAAGUCGCUAUGAAAAUGUCACAUCCUUUCUUUCAAAACAGGGCAGAAACUGUAUAAUUUCAUUCUCUUUCCUACUUUUUCAAAAUUCAUGACCGUAAGAGGUGAAUGUUCAGCUCUCUUGUGGUUAAAGUCAUAUAUCAAUAGGGUGCUGCUGUGACAGGACUCUUAGGACAUAGAUUUAUGUUCUGAUCGGGAUUGGAUUAAACUUGGAAGGUAUGUGUAGGCAUAUCUUGGAAAAAAAACAACCAUAAGCUGAUAGCUCUAAAAUGCAAGAAAACCAAAAUCUGUUUGAGAAACAGAAGCAGGUAUCUUUCUUUUAAAGUUUUGUCACUGUGUCCUCUUUGUGGAUUCUGUAGCACUAAGAUACUCAAGUCACUGAGGGGUUCCUGGUCAGCCCUAGGGUGGGUGUGCCUAGCCAACAUCUAGAGGUAGAUGUGGACACAUUUUAAUAGUAUCAAAUGAACAAAAUCAGAACUGACUACCAUUUCCUUACUCCUCCCACUUCUUAAAUACGUUUAUUCCAGAGUUUAAAUGGGGAAAUAUGGAUAUAGAAGUUUUAUUCUAAAUUGUUCUUUAAUACGAGGCUAUAUUGUGGGUUUGGGUGUAAAUAAUUUUCUGUGCAAAACAAAUUAAUAGACAGGAUCUGUGGUUUGCUCAGAGUAUUGUUCAGUAAUAUAGUAAUAAGACAUUUCUCCCUGUUGCACUCAGGACUAAAUAUAUCAAAUGAAAUUUAAGGAGGAAAUGGAAGAAUUCAGGUACAUCCAUUGCAUAUUAUUUGAGGAAAGAUGAAUCCUACACAUGGCAGUUUUUCAGUGUCACCUGAACACGUUCUUCCAAGGAAAUUCAUCUUUUCUUUUCCUUAAAAAAAAAAAACUUCUGGCUUUUUCCUUUGCACCCACCAUAUUCCUUCAGCAUUCAUUCUCCAUGGUCCCUGUAUUCUUAUUUGACCAGUAAAUGACCACACCUCAAUGGCAAGAAAACAGCAUCUGUCGGUGAGCUGUCUGAUAGGAGUUACCUUGUGAGCUUGAGCUUCAGGAAACAUGAGUAAAGGCUUAUGGAUGUAUAUAGUCAUAUAUGUAUUGUAGCGAGAAAAAAAAUGUAUUUAUUUUGACACAGGGAAACACUGACUUAUGUUGCUGAAGAACUUGAAGCUAGUGAAAGGGUCUUUCCUCAGUCUCUGAGAGUGGCCCCAAGUGACAUAAGGACCAUCCAGCAGGCAGCUGCUGGGUAGCUCUGGUGAGCCAGCCAUGGCUUGGCACGGGAGUGAGCGACGUUGUGAAAGUGUUGUCCAGGGGAAGGCCAGUUUUUCUCCCUUUGAGGCCUCGACUCCGGGUUGAAGGGGCAGGGGCCGGGUACUCCACUGCCACAAGCUUUUAAGGAACGAAGGUGUUACAAACACAAAAUGUAAGGGGGGGUGCAGAGAGCUGGGAGUAAUUGACCAGGAAGCUAAUUUAUUUGCUGAAAAGGAUGGUAUAGGAGUCACUACCCUCUGUUUUGAUCUGCCAAGGAUUUCCUCUCAGAGCUGUUGCACAACUAGGGGUUGGGCUUGGUAAGACACCAAAUGGGACAGACAACGCACCUAAAUUUCUAAUGUGUUCUGUGGGUUUCAAUUCUGAAAAAGAAAAAAAAAGAAAACGAAUAAAGAUUUUAAUAAGUA